UAUGUGCAUAGACUUAUAGGACAGAUUUAUCAAGGCACAAAGAACAAAAGCCGAGCAAGUACAGGUGCUACCAAGAGGUCACAGACCUCUGAAGUUUUACCCCUAGUUCUGUGUCCUGGGCAGAAGGCAGGAGGUAAGAAAGAAAACACAUUACAUCCUGGAAAGUGUGGAUCAGUCGGGAUUAUGAGAAAGCAGUUGGUCAUUGAGAGGCAAAUGUUACCAGUGUUCCAGCUAAACUGCCCAAAACAAUUUUUUUUUAAAAUUAGAGUUUGAAAAUUGUCGUAAGACUAGAAAGUCAGAGGAAACAUUUCUGGUUCUAGAAUGCUGUGGUUUGUUGUGAGAACGGAUCUAAACUUCUUAGAGACGUAGAACAUGUUCAAAGGCAACCAGUUUCUUCGUGUUCUGACUCCUAGCUAGAAGGAACCAAAGCCACACUUGGCUCUGAGGAUGAUGCGUCUGUAUUCACUUCACCCUUUCAGUCACAGUCUCUUCCUGAGGAGCAUCAGCAGGUGACUCCCAUUUGGGGGUGAGAGAAAAGCAACCUGGAGAAAAAUAGCUUUGAAAGAAACUGCCCUCCCAAGAAAGAUGAAGAUUACAUGGCCUGUAAGUUGAUUUUCACAGUUUAUUGUUCAAAACACAAUCAAGAACAAACUCAACUAAAAUGUCCAGGAACGAGAUGUGUCUUGGAAAAGUGUAAGAGCUGUUCACAAAAGGGAGGAAAAUUCUUCUCUAUUCAUGGGCUCCAUCUCUUGUCUCUUCAGUGGACAGUUACAUCUGUUGCAAUGUGCCCUGGGCACAGCAAUGUUCUGGGGUCACUUUGUCCUUACAACACAGGCUCUCUUUUGCUCCUUGGUGAGUGGUUAUUAGACUUGGUGGCCCAGGAGGUAGCUCUCCUUCCCACUCCCUUCCUCCCUCUUUUCCUCCCUUUUCCUAGUCGUUCUUUUAAAGAAAUGGUCCAAGACUCGUACUUGCUACUUUUAGAGGGAAAGGCUCAGAGAAUGAACUCAAGAGAGGACAUUGGAAGAUGAGGUGAGGUUGGGAGGGGCAGUGGUGCUCUGAGUAGCCCCUGUCUCUUCUUAGAGGGAACUGAGACAGUCAUUGUCUGGGACUGUUCCCUAGAAUGUGCAGCAGAAGUGACAGAGAAAACGAGUCAGUACACCUUAAGGCUGGCCCCAGAACCACUGUGGAAACCCUGUUGGUAAAAUCUCUGCCAGGUCAGGACCUGCCUGGCAUAGAGGAAGUUGAAGUCUUCUCGGUAUCUCACAAAAGAAAAUUAAUUAAAUACAUAAUUUAGCUUAGUUUAGCUUAUUCCUUAUGGAUUUAUUUGAUGUACAUGGGGUUGGGCUAUAGGGUUGGGUUUUGUUGUUGUUGUUGUUGUUGUUGUUGUUGUUUUGUUUUGUUUUGUUUUUCCCUCAGAUCGCAGAGGAGAAGGGUAAAAACAAGGCUUUCCCCUUAUCUGGAAGCUUCCUUAGAACUGAAUGUCCCCAUUGGAAACUGAGAAUCUCUUGUCAGCUAGUGGAGGCCUGUGCUGUCUACUCAAACCCUAUUCCAGAGCACAAUUUUCCAGGCAAGGGGUGAAAGGGACAACAACCAACAGAAAUAACUGAAGCAAAAAGAAUCUUUCCUGUAUUGCCCUCUUCUGGGUGUCUCCAACAGAGCAGGCGGAGAGCCCAAAGGCAGCCUCUUGGGUGAAUCAGUGCUUGCUCUUUUCUUCAGAACAUGGCCUGAAACUUUGCUUACAGAAGAUUCGACGAAGAUUUUUCUCCAGGGCCACUGGGCAGCUUGCAGGAAGUACUGUUCUCUGGUUGAGCCCACUCUCCUUGGCUUCCUGUACAUCUGUGUGCAUGUCUGGGGGGGGGGGGUCACUCCAUGUGGACUCGGUAGCUUUUGUCUGUAUCUGGACAACAGGGUAUGUGUCCAUGCAUUCGAUCUAUUCCUUAGACACCUCUUUAUUCCUCCAGUACUGAUGUUAGCGUUUCUAUACGUUUUCUAAGUGUGUUCUCGCACACUUACAGUGUGAAGACCUUCUGUGGAUGCCAGAUGAAGAGGAGACCUUAGGGAUCUGAGUUGGGAAGAGAAGGUGUAUGUACAAAGGAAGCUUCUGGACUUUGGGUGAACUGUGAGGUCAGUCCAUGGUAUUCCGCUCCCCCCUAGACCUCUAUUCCUCCCACUUCUUGUUGCCAAACUUCGCCGAUUCCCACCACUGCUCCCUACUUCUGGCGAGUAGCGGCGGCGGGAGCGGUGCGGGCGGCGGCGGCGGCGCGGGAGGAGGAGGAGGCGGCGGCGGCGGCGGCGGCGGGAACCGUGCGGGAGGCGGCGGUGCUGGCGGAGCAGGCGGCGGCGGCGGCGGCGGCGGCGGCGGCGGCGGCUCCAGGGCCCCCCCGGAAGAGUUGUCCAUGUUCCAGCUGCCCACCCUCAACUUCUCGCCGGAGCAGGUGGCCAGCGUCUGCGAGACGCUGGAGGAGACGGGCGACAUCGAGCGGCUGGGCCGCUUCCUCUGGUCGCUGCCCGUGGCCCCCGGGGCGUGCGAGGCCAUCAACAAACACGAGUCGAUCCUGCGCGCGCGCGCGGUCGUCGCCUUCCACACCGGCAACUUCCGCGACCUGUACCACAUCCUGGAGAACCAUAAGUUCACCAAGGAGUCUCACGGCAAGCUGCAGGCCAUGUGGCUCGAGGCGCACUACCAGGAGGCCGAGAAGCUGCGCGGCCGCCCGCUCGGUCCGGUGGACAAGUACCGCGUGCGCAAGAAGUUCCCUCUGCCGCGCACCAUCUGGGACGGCGAGCAGAAGACCCAUUGCUUCAAGGAGCGGACUCGGAGCCUGCUGCGGGAGUGGUAUCUGCAGGAUCCCUACCCCAACCCCAGCAAGAAACGCGAACUGGCGCAGGCCACCGGCCUCACCCCCACACAAGUAGGCAACUGGUUUAAGAACCGGCGACAGCGCGACCGCGCAGCGGCGGCUAAGAACAGGCUCCAGCACCAGGCCAUCGGGCCGAGCGGGAUGCGCUCGUUGGCUGAGCCCGGCUGCCCCACACACGGCUCAGCAGAGUCACCGUCCACGGCGGCCAGCCCGACCACCAGUGUGUCCAGCCUGACCGAGCGCGCGGACACCGGCACUUCGAUCCUCUCGGACAAGCACGGCUUCUCCUUUUGGUUCCCACGGACCCGGCACCCCACCUGCAUGACGAUUUAUUUGUAUCUGGGAAAAUAUUCUCUCUAGUUUAAAAUGAUUUAAAGAGUCGACUAUACAAAAAAAAAAAUCAAACAAACAACAACAACAACAACAAAAACACCACCACCGCCGCCGCGACAAGACGACAAAAGCAAACAGACAAAAAGAAAAAAAAUGUGACAUCUCUGUUCUGAAUUUGUUGUUUAAAAAAAAAGGAAAGAAAGAAAGGAAAAAACUCCUCGAGAGAAAUAGCACAUGUUUCUUCCUUCUGUUGCUCUUUUCUCCUUUAGCCCCCUCUCUCUCCCUCCCCAUCUCUCUCUCUUUCUCUCUGUUUUUAAGUCCAAGUAUUGGUCAAACAAGAUGCAAUUCUCUGUUUUUGUUCAGCCGACAAUCAUGCCCUUCGUAAGCACCUUUCUCUCCACUCUGUCACUGCCUGUGUGGGUACUGGUUAUAAAUGUGGAAAAAGAAUAGUUAUGACUGUAACAGAUUUUUAUUUUUAUUUCAAAAUUUUAUAUGAAUUAUGUAUAUCUUAAUGAUCAGUCAUUUUCCCAGUUUGUAAUAUAUGUGUAGAAAUUGCUUGUAUAUGAUACCUGCUCUUUCUCCUCUCCCUUCUCUCUCUCCUCCCUCCUUCCCGGCCCACUCACCUCUUUCCUUUUGGGGAUUCUCAGCGUCGACUUGGCAGUCGAGGCUUGGCGAGGUGGUCAGGGUUAGAGCGAGAGAGAGAGAGAGACCCCGUCGCUAGCGAAAGCAGAGAGUGAGACCGUAGUAUUCUUAUGCAAAAGCUAUUCAAGUUUUUCCUUGCCGCUUUGGAGGCCCCAUUCACUCCCGUAGGGCGCUUUUACUGUUAUCUUAACUGCGUGUUUAUCUAUAUGUAAAAACUUUCUAAAGCAAAUACAGUAUUCUCCAUUUUCUUAUCACUCCCA